UCUCGUUGUUAUCGCGAGGAACUGAAGCUCAGUGGGUGAAGUGAAGCGCGAGAGGUUUUACGUCGACGUUUCUAGGAUGCGAUAAAAAAAAAAAACUAACGUUUGCGGGCUCGUGCGCCUUACAACUGAAACACAGCAUUAAUGACCGCCUUCUAGCCUAGGAAUUGAAAAUCAACGGCUUCCAUUCGCUCCACGUCUGUGGGGAAUGGCAUUCUGUCUUCAGCAGCUGGACAGCUCCUGGUCCUGAACCUAAAUUAUUUUCAUCAUUAUUAUUAUUAUUAUUGUGCACAUGGAGUCCCUCGUGCGAUGUGGGGGAUGCCCUGUCAGCACGCGCACGUUGAGCGUUACGCCAUCGAGCUUUUGAAGCGGCAUCGCAAUCCAUAUAAUUCAAUGAUAGCUAAUCUCACACCAUAAAGUAUGGUGCUCUUAUCCUGCGAUAGCCGUCUCCUUCUGUGUUUACGGAGCAGCAGCGUCGCAGCCUACACGCCAGAGACGGAGAGAGCUAGCCGUGUGCACAGUGGUCCUCGGCCGGGGAGACAUGACCAUCAUCACUGCGAGGGCAAAGGAGUCACGACCACACCACCAUGUAGAGCUGACAAGGAAAGGUAGGAGCCAAGGCCCUCCUGUGGUUACAAGCAGCGAAAAAAAGAAUCUGUGCUCGUUGUGUGGAGACCAUCCUAUUCAGCGCUUUAUCAGGACUUCAUCAACAUGAGCAACCCUCAGGCUGCUCCCCAGGCCGGGGCCUCAGAGCUGGAGGUGAUCUCCCAGCAGGUGGAGGAGGACAACCAAGCUGGGGCCCCCAUCCAGCUGGUCAGCUUCACCUACAGAGACCUGCCUCUGGCCGCCCUGGACGUCUCGCUGGCCGGGUCCCAGCUCAUCUCAAACCCAGACGAAGAGGAUAACCGAGAUGGGUCCAACUGGCUGAAGCCCUGCUGCGGCCGCAGGGCGGCGCUGUGGCAGGUGUGCCUGCUGUCCCCGGGGUUCAACUGCUUCCUGGUGGCCUGCGUGGUGCUGGUGGUGGUGCUGCUCACCCUGGAGCUGCUCAUAGACACCAAGCUGCUGCAGUUCAACAAUGCGUUCCAGUUUGCCAGUAUCAUCCACUGGAUCAGCCUGGCCAUUCUUUCAGUGUUCUUCACUGAGACGGUGUUCCGGAUCGUGGUGUUGGGGAUAUGGGAUUACAUCGAGAACAAAGUGGAGGUGUUUGACGGGGCGGUGAUCGUCCUCUCUCUGGCCCCCAUGGUGGCCUCCACGGUGGCCAACGGCCCCAGCAGCCCCUGGGACGCCAUCGGCCUCAUCAUCACCCUGCGCAUCUGGAGGGCCAAGAGGAUCAUCGACGCCUUCGUCCUGCAGGUGAAGGUGGAGAUGGAGCUGGAGGUGCAGCAGUACGAGAAGGCCAAGGCGGUACGAGAGGAGCAGCUGGACCGCCUCACCCAGAUCUGUCAGGAGCAGGCGUUUGAGAUCAGGCAGCUGCGGGCCCACCUGGCCCAGCAGGACCUGGACCUGGCCGCCGAGCGGGACGCCGCCAUGCAGCUGCACCACGUGUGGAACAAACCCAACAGCACCUUCCAGGAGGUGGACGGCCUGCAGGCCCCGGGGCCCUCAGAGCCCCGCCGGCAGGCCCACCCCCGGGGGCCCAGCGGAGCCGCAGACCACAUCGUUCAGGACGACAUGAACAACUACAUCAGCCAGUACUACAGCGAGCCCAGCAGCGACAUGGGGAUCCCCGACCCGGCGCGGGUCAUCACCACGGCCGCCAUCGACGUGCACCUGCCCAACAACCCCAGCCAGAUGCCCUCGUCCCUGGUGAGCGCCGACGGCCUGCCCUCCGCCUGCCACCUGCAGCGCACCAGCAGCUGCGUGAGCGACGCGUCCGCCGCCACCUUCUCCAGCUUCAGCGGGCGCCACCACAGCCUGAGCAGCCACACGCUGGGCGGCUCCGUCACCGACUGCAGCUCCACGGUGCGCGAGGCCUCCACCUCCACCGACGAUUACAGCGGCCAGCGCUGCUACCCGCCGCCCUACAGCAGCCCCCUGGCGCUGGGCCCCGACCCCGCGCCGCCCAGGGGCCCCGCCAACGUGGCCACGGUGCAGGAGCUGCUGUCCUCGCUGUCGGACACCUCCAGCAUGGCGCCCAAGGGCCUGGACCCCGUCAACCUGAAGCCGCCCAGCCCCGCGGGCUCGGGCCUGACCAGCCCGGAGCUGGAGCACCGGCUGAACCUGUACAACAAGAGGAACCAGGAGCUGCGGCCCGCCUUCUGCACCAAGCCCCUCAUCCACCUGCAGAGCAGCGAGCCGCUGCUGGAGGAGAAGUACCGCAUGAUGGAGCAGGGCGAUGGCCCCAUCGGCCGGCUGGCCGAGGCGUAGGUCAGGGCACGGAGGGGGGAGGAGCUAGGGGGACCCGACUCACUCUGGGACAUUGAAGAAUCGUUACUGGACUGCAGAGGGGUUGUUGAUCCGAAUAGGGUGUCAUUAUUCCUGCUGUUAUGAAGGACCUUCUCCAUUCCGUGGUUGAGACUCACUGGACGUCCUCGUCCGAACAGCACAACAGCAGGGCACAGCCCAACAAACCCGGUUAGAUUAAAGUUAGAGUACAGGGAUUUACACGCGACUGUUGUGAACUUGUUGCUCAAAGAAACCAGCAAUUGGGUUUUCAUCCCUAAACGGUGUGGACGUCGGAUGGGGCCAGAGACGUUCCCCAGUGCAUCCUUUCAGGGACCGGAGACAUGGACUCAUGAGAUCAUGUCCGCUCGCUCUAUAACUUGUCAGCCCUCGCUAAAGACGCGUCCUCUUCGAUGCUAGCGCUGCAGGGUAGAUUUGACUACCUUGAGCUAAGAUUUAAACAUCUUUUCUUACGUCUUUCUAUAUUACAACGCUAACCUUUAUAACUCGAACAUAUUGGUUUAAAAAAGACAAAUAUGACAGAAAAAUAAUUAGAAUACAGAUUGAAGUGAGUGAGAUAAGAAUCCAGUUAGGUGGCGUGAAGACAGAGCCCAGAUGAGACAGAAGAUAAUCUUUGCUUGUUUGUUUCAUAUCAACUGAAAAGCCUAAUUUGUUCUUAAGCGGUACCUACCCUAACAAACUCAUCUCAUGAUCGUUCUCCCAUUCCUGCGGUCCGACUCGUUUUAAACUGUAAAUACCUCCAGCCGACCGUCUCCACCACGGCGUCAUCAUACAUGCCAUGGCUUGAUAGAAGAGUGUUAAACUGUCACGCAGAGGGCAACAUAUUAUAGCAUGAACUUUUGAGAUUUGCUUUUAGAUAUUGCG